AUAUACACUGUUUCGGAUUAAUUUGUUUAUAUAUUACCAAAGAUGUCUGGAAAUAAGUGUCGCAAUUGUGGAUCUACCAACAUCGAGACUGAUCCAGCACGUGGAGAUGCGAUUUGUAUGGAAUGUGGUUUUGUACUGGAAGAUUCAGUUAUCAUCAAUCAGACAACCUUUGAGGAAUCAUCCUCGGGUAAAGUGAUGGUGCUGGGACACUUUGUUGCCAAUGAUAGCACUGGUGGUGCUACAAGCUUUGGUGCACCAUAUUAUGUCAAUGGAAAGGAAUCUAGAGGAAUCACUCUACAAAAUGCUCGGAAAGGUAUAACAAAUCUUUGCAUACAGUUGGGCUUAAAUCAAAAUUGCAUUGAUACAUCUGUGAAUUUCUAUAAAAUGGCAUUGAGCCGCCAUUUGACACGUGGAAGAAAACAGGCUCACAACCAAGCCGCCUGUGUAUACAUUACUUGCCGUAUCGAAAGAACUGAACAUAUGCUCAUUGACAUCAGUGAUGUUCUUCACAUUUGUGUUCAUGAACUUGGUCGAACGUAUCUGCGGUUUACGCAAGCCCUAUGUAUCAACAUACCGUCAAUAGAUCCUUGUUUAUACAUCAUGAGGUUUGCACAUAAGCUCGAAUUUGGGGAUAAAACUCACUCCGUAUCUAUAACAGCUUUAAGAGUGGUUCAAAGAAUGAAAAGGGAUAGCAUUCAUAGUGGUCGUCGACCGUCAGGUCUAUGUGGUGCAGCUUUACUGAUUGCUGCGCGAUUGCAUGAAUUCAGUAGAUCACCUGCCGAUAUUAUAAAAAUUGUUAAGGUACACGAAUCUACUCUACGUAAAAGAUUGAUGGAAUUUGGCGAUACACCAUCUAGUGCUCUGACUUUGGAUCAAUUUAUGACAGUAGAUUUGGAAGAAGAGCAGGAUCCUCCAGCAUUUAAAGCAGCGCGUAAAAAGGAUAGAGAACGCUUACAAAGGCUAGAAAAUAUAGACAUGGAAAUAAGUGAACUGCAAGCAGAAAUUGAUAGACAGUUGGAAGAUUACAGAGUAGGAAAGGCAAGAAAACGGAAGGAUGUGUCUUUUAUGGAAAGCGAAGAUGCAGAUAGAUUCGUUCGCGAAAGUAAUUUAAGUAUAAUACAACAGUACGUUGAGAACAAUGUUGACGAUCCUGACGAGAGAAUUCGAGAUGCCGCAAUAGAUGAAAAUGACAGUUCUCUUAUUACUGGAUUGGGUCCAGAUAUAGCAUCAAUGAUGUCCACGAACGAUCGUCCAAAUGAAUUUCGAGACAAAGUAGAUAAUUUCGAAAACUCUUCCGAGGAAAUCUACACGAAUGACAUCGAUGACGAAGAAUUGGACAGUUACAUUCUUUCGGAGAAAGAAUCGCAAUCUAAAUCUGCUCUUUGGAACAAAGUGAAUGCUGAUUAUCUCGUUCAGCAAAAGGAAAAAGAAGAGAAGCGUCUAAAGGAGAAAGAAGAAGGUAAGCCUGAGAAAAAAAGAAGACGAACAACUUCCAGGAAGAAUAAAAUGCCCGCAAAUACUGCCGGUGAAGCAAUUGAAAAAAUGUUGCAAGAAAAAAAGAUAUCCUCGAAGAUUAAUUACGAAGUAUUGAAAAGUCUGAACAAUCAACAACAAAACACUCAAGAACUAUCUACCACGAAUACAUCGGAAUUAGACGACGUGACAAAUAUUAACAAGCUGGCAACCAAUUCUACAUCGACAUCUGUGGAAAUUUCACUAACGAGAAAGUAUUGUUCCAUUAAGCCAAAUACUCAGCAAUCGAAAAAAAUGGAUAAAAGACUAACAAAAGAGGAUGAAAAAUGUAUGGAAAAAGAAAUUAAUUCGAUGGAAACGGAUGCACCUAUAGUGGACACGUCUGAAAUUGUCUACGACAAUGACGACUAUCUCGAUGAAGAAGAACCUGACACUGCAGAAAUGUCACUUGGGCAAAUGCUCGAAUCUCACGCGGCGUCCGAAGAUGAAUUUUGUGACGAUGGUUACGAAUAUGAAUAGAAAUCGGAGUUUAUAUAUACAUGUAUAACUUAUAAAUAACUUAAUUAUUUAUUAUUAUUAUCAUCAUCAUUAGAAAUUAAAGUCAAUAAUUAAAGUUAACAAUCUACUAGAUGUUUAACAAAAAGAUAGACAUUGCGUCAUACAAUUGAACGAGUGCAGUGCUCGAGCAUCAUUUCGACAUAAAAUUUCGAUUCUACCUAUAUCAUAGUUGUAUGGAAAACGCAAACGUAGAAAAGCACCUGAUUGUCGACUGACAAUCAGUAUCAUACCGUUUCAACCUUGAACGGUAUUUUUUGUCGAAAUGUAUUUUACAAUUCAAAACAUGAUUCACAUGUCGAUUUUACUUUUUUGCAACGACAGUUAUACGAAUCGAUAACGACUAUUAUGUUAGCUGUGCGAAUGCCACAAUAUAUAUAACACUCUUCAGUUGCGAAUGAUGUCUAACAAGGAUUGUAACAUUCCUUAACAUUUUAUUAUAAAUUAUUCAUUUCUUCUUUCUCUCUAUGUGUUCCUACUCCAAUGCAACGCCAUUAUUUAUGUAUAUAUAUAUAUAUAUAUAUUAAUUAUAUACAUUAAUAAUUAA